AUGUUAAACAAAGUGCUACAAUUGUUACCACCGGGUUAUAAGUUUCUACCAACUGAUGUUGAGUUAAUCAAAUACUAUUUACAACCAAAGAUUGCUAAUCAUCAUAUUAUUGCUGGUCCAAUUUAUGACGUGGAUGUUUAUCAAAAUUCGCCUAAUAAUCUUUAUGCCAUGUAUAAACGUGAAGGAGAGCAACAUACAUAUUUCUUCACUAAAAGAAAUAGGAAAUAUCCAAAAGGAGAACGUCCAGAUCGUGGUGUUAGAGGUUUUGGUUUCUGGAAAGCUACUGGAAUUGAUCAUCCAAUAAAUGACAAUGGCACUAUAAUUGGAUUUAAAAAGACUUUGGUAUUUUAUAGAGGAAAUCCUAAAGGUGGUGACAAAACUAAUUGGAUUAUGCAAGAGUACACCAUAAAUAUUGAGAAUAUUGAGAGCACAAGUACAACUCCUACUUCUCAGUUGAAUAAUUGGGUGAUUUGCAAGAUUUACGAGCAUAAGCGUGGAGAUGCAAUUGGAAAUGCUAAAAAAAGGAAGCAUGAAAACGAAAAUCUCGAAGGUGAAAAUAUGGAAGAAGUCAUUCCUACUCCAAAUUUAUCUCCAUCUACUCCUCUCACUCCUACCGCCACUUCUCCUCCUCUGUCUCCAUCUACUCCUCCCACUCCUACCGCCACUUCUCCUCCUCCGCCCUUGCUUCCGGAAAUGUCUUCUGAUGAUAUUGACAUGGCUAAUUUUCAAAAUUGCGAUUAUGAUAUAUCUUCAAUUUUAAACUUUGAUCAAAAUUUAGAAAAUGAAAUGUUUGAUAUAGACCAAUUGUUGGAUAGUUAA